CUGUUGACGGCAAUUUACCACCGAAACUGUCUCAAGAUGAUGUUUGACGUUGCCUCCCUCUAUAUUCACGUUAUAACUGCUAUUUGUAUUACGUUUUUGUUGAGAUCUAACAAGGCGAAACGAUGUUUUGGGGUGAUAACAGAGUUUGAAGAAAAGUUACUGAAAAACGAGAGUCCUGAAGUUAUACAGGUUUACUUGAAAAGCAGUAAAUUCGCCAAUACACUUUGCAUAUCUGUUGCGAGCACUGUGAUGAUGACAGGCAUAUCUUGGUUUGUUAUAGGCAAAAGAGAGUCAUACGUCCUAGUACCAACUGACGCAUGUCCAUUCAUCAAUGGUGCCGUUUUUCAGCUGUGGUACCCGUUUGAUACAGAAAAAUACCCAUGGAUAUAUUCCAUUCACGACAUCUUUUUUGUAGUUGUUUGUACUAUCCUCAUCACUUACGACAAAACAACCCCUCUCACUAUGAUACUUUUUGUUAUUGCUCGAAUAAGAAUACUUCAAUAUAAAGUCACUAAUAUCUGUGACACUCAAGACAGUCAUAGUAUUACUAAAAAUAUCAAGGACUGUUUGAAGGAUCACCAAGAAAUUAUCAGGAAGAAGACUUUGUUGAGAAAACUCGAUUUGUAUUCGGACUAUUCAUGGCGGUUUCUAAUAUGUAUAUAUUUUUUUGGUUUGCAAAUGUCUUGCAGAUAGAGGUGAGUAGAUAAGUGAUACGAUGUGCUAAAAAAAUGACAACCUCCUUUAAGUCACUUUUUCUUUCCAAAAAGCUGAAUGGCUUUCGAUAACUUUCACAUUUUAGAGCUUGGCAAUUUCUCAUUUUCUGUAUAAUGAAAACAACUGGCUGAAGUGUAACAAAAACCAGUCCAAAUUGUUGCAAAUGAUGAUGGUGAUGUCACAGAGGAAACUCGUUUUGAAAGCAGUAGCUGUGGGGGAAAUGGACAUAACUUGUUUCACUAAGAUGAUGAGGCUGUGUUACUCUGUAGUCACGUUCUUCUUCACAGUAUAUGGCAACUAGUAGAGACAACUCUGGCUAGAUCUGCCUCACAGCUUCACCCCAAUAUUACCAUACGAUUGAAUAAAAACGUUUCUCUCUGUAGUCAGACCACUAAAUCCGUUAGACUGUACUUUAGAAAAUAUAUCUACUGCAACUGAC